CAACCACAAGAAUACGACGAGACCGUGCGACCAGCUACAGACAUGGAUAAAUACGUCAUCCCUCCAGUCCCACAUACCUUCCCAUCCCUCGCUCGCUUGCAGAGCACAGCAACCCCAACCCCCAUCCACCCACCACGAUCCAUCACCGCUCCACGAUGAAUCCAUACAUCUUCGUCUUCGCUCUAUCCUUCCUGAUCUACCGGGCGUACACCCGUCGGUCGCUAACGCCGCCCGCGAUCCUGGCCGCCGUGCUCACCGCCUGCAUCCACGGAACGCACGCCUACAACCUCCCGUUCGUGCUGCUGAUAACCUUCUAUGCGCUCGGCACGGCCGCGACAAAGGUCAAACACGACGUCAAGGCGACGCUCACCGUCAGCGCCACGGGCGCCGGCGGCGCCGGCGGCGACGGCGCCCGCGGCGCUACCCAGGUCUUUGCUAACUCGGUCGUUGCGAGUGCGCUCACUGCGCUCAGCGCGUGGAAUGCCACGGCUGGCGGAGAUGGCGGGGAGUGCUUUGCUGACCAGCUGCUCAUGGUAGGAGUUAUCGUGAACUACGCCGCUGUCACGGCAGACACGCUCUCCAGCGAGCUGGGCAUCCUCUCGCGCAGCGGACCGCGGCUAAUCACCACUUCGCGGCGGUGUGCGCCCGGCACGAACGGAGGUGUGUCCAUGACGGGGCUGAUCGCGGGUGCCUGCGGCGCGGGCGUCAUCGCGGUCGUAUCCGUCGCGCUGCUGCCGUGGUGUGCCUCCUGGUCGCUAGCAGAGAAGGCGCGCUUCGCAGCGUUCAUUACGGGCAUGGGCACGGCGGGGAGUCUUCUCGACUCCCUCCUCGGCGCGCUGCUGCAGGCGAGCGUGGUCGACACGCGCACGGGCAAGGUCGUGGAGGCACCGGGGGGCGGGAAGGUGCUUGUCCUGCCGAGUCAGAAGCGGCUUACCGUGGCGGGGGAGCUACGCAGUCGCUUCGGGAAGGCGCCGGAGACGGCGGGCGCGGCGGUGGGCGACGUCGGCGCGGAGAGCGUCCAGGGACAGUGGAAGGAGCAGAGGGCAGCAAAUAAGACGGGGAAACAGCUGGAGGUGGAGGUGGGUAAGGAACAUGCACACGAUGCGCCGAGUCGUAGGAUCGAAACCGGGUGGAACAUCCUCAGUAACAAUGGUGUGAACUUUGCCAUGGCCGCCCUGACGAGUGUCGGAGGCAUGAUGCUUGCCGGGUGGGCGUGGUAUGGGCAGCCGCUGGCCGUGGUCAAGGAAGUGAUGGGCGUGUAGUGGUGAGGAGGAAUGGGAUAGAUGAUACCAUGGUUGCAUGAUUGCAUAGGGAGGGGUAAUGGUGUGCGGCAUUGGGAUUGGGAUUGGCUACGAUGUGGAUUUACAAUGGAUCAUGGAAGAUGGUUAAUGAUGUGCUGCAUUAGGAUGGUCAACGAUGUGGAUUUACAAUGGAACAUGACGAUUGAGGUGUCGUUGCUGUGCUU